GGGUGGACUCGCAGACUCAGAGAAAUGAUAAACUGUCACUACCUCAGCGAGGAUCUACAAGCAGUCGGAGCUAGGAACUAUGUCUCAUCUAUAUUGCUAUGGUCUGGAGAUAACAGGAAAAGUUUUCUCAGUUUGCUCUUCGCUCCUCUUUUCCCCUGUCCCUUGAUGCAGCAGCCCCAGUGUAUGGCAUGAAGAUUGCUGCAUGGAACAGCCUAGACUGAGUUACUUGGAAUCGUGCUUCUAGUCAAGCAGCUGGGACUCACACUAGAAUUCCAGAGUGAAGAAAAAUGUACCGGGGACAGCACGUUAGAAUUCUUUUCACUGUGAGUCUGGCUUUACAGGUCAUUCAUUAUGGAAAAGGCCGUGAAAAAGAGGAGCACAAAAGUGAUGGAGAAAAUGUCCAUGCGACAGCCCUAAAGCAACAACCAAAAAAUCAAGGCACUGCUCUAAGUAUGUUUAGUGACAUGAAUCGGAGUGAUGAGAGCAACAAGCUACAGAGUUCGAGGACUUUUGUCCCUUUCACUGGACUUACAGAUAGUAAAAAACUUAACAGACAUUGUUGUCAAAAUGGAGGCACCUGUAUCCUGGGCAGUUUCUGUGCAUGCCCCAAACACUUCACUGGCAGAUACUGUGAGCACGAUGAGCGGAAUAGCAACUGUGGCCACGUUGCCCAUGGAGCUUGGGUGCAAAAGGGUUGUCGACUAUGUCGAUGUGGCUACGGGAUACUGCACUGUCUUUCGGAAACGAUACAAGCCAACUGUGAUCUAAGAAUGGAAGAGGAGGAAUUUCUCAGGUUACGUUCUAGUGGCCGGAGAUUACACCAAACAAUGGGCUCUCUCAUUCUCCUACUCUUCUGCUUCCUCACGUUGCUCUGCAGCAGGCUCCAUCUGCAGCUUUGAUACUGGCUAGAUGGAGGGGGACUUGAGAACUGAAAUUCCCUCCCUUUAAGUUUUGCCCACUGACACAAGCCUUUUUCUCAACUGGCUGAAGGACAAGAGGUGAAAUGUACUCUCCAUCAAAUUGUCCUCUUUAACUUAAAGAGGCCUCUACUUACUUACCUCACUGACAGGAACACUUUAUGGGUCAAUUAGUUAACAUUAGUAAAGAGCUCCGAUUACAAGAAGCACUAGACUGUAUGAAUGCUAUGUAUUAAUUCUUAUACUUCUAUCGGGGUCUGAUUUAAGCAGUCUCUAGCUUUGAAGUAUUGGCUCUUCCAGUGGAAGAAACCCCUCCAUGUUCUAUGCCAUAAGCAUUGGAAAUUAUAGCUUUUAUUUCUGUUGUGUGUCUGUAUAUUUAACAUAUUUAAAAAAAUAAAACAAAUCUUAUUUCCAAGGAUC